AUGUCCCAGGGUCUCUUUUCUUCGUCGCUGCUGCGCAGCGUCGCCAAUGCUCUGCCGUCGGCCUGCAGAUGGAGUUCCAGUUCGACCGCAGCGAUGAGCGCCUUCACCUCCCAGCGCGCCACCUCUCACAACCAGACCCCCAGAGCCCCGAUCCGUCGCCGACUACCAAACCGCCUGCGAUUCCUCGAGGAACAGAAAGCUCAGGGUGAAAGCCGGGCUCUGGAGAAAUUCCAGGCUCGCGACUGGAAGGCCGGUGACAUCUACGCCCCUCACGAUCUCAGCCCAGCCGAGAUGAAGAAAUGGGGCAAGCGCAAGAGCCCUUCGCGCGACGCCUUUGACGCUCUGAACCUGAACCCAUUGGACCUGUACAAGAACUUCUCCAUCAUGUCCGAGUACGUAUCCCCUCUCGGCCGCAUCAAGCACCGCGAACAGACCGGUCUGCGCCCCGUCAACCAGCGCAAGAUUGCCAAGGCCAUUCGUCGAGCCAUGGGCCUCGGCCUCAUGCCCUCCGUCCACCGGCACCCCGAGAUUCUUGCGUCGGAGAUGAAGGCAAAGAUGGAUGGUGGUUUCCGGUAG